UUAUUUUGUCGUAGAGGCGUCCGCGUUCGAAUGAUUGCCGGCGGCUUGGCAAUUGUCGCAUAAUAAGAUAAAAUUAUGGGAUUAUUUCCCGACCCGCCACUAACGCCGAAGUUAAAGAAACGUUUGUUUGGCGGAAGCUCUCCCCGGAAAAGUGUUCCCAGUGAAAGUGGCGCCGGUGGUGGAAGUAGUGGGGCUGGUGGCAGCAGUGGUCGCCGGAAGAACGAUGACCGGCGCAACCAAAGUGACCGAUGCGCCGCGUCCGGCAGUCUGUCGAAGUCCUCGACUCCCCAGCAACUGUCCACCUCGUGGGAGUUUAUCCGAUCCGUGUCAGCUGACAAUCAGUACGAGGUGGAACGGGACGGGCUAAACGAAAUCAUCGCCACACCGCGGUAUCUGGAGUUUCUGAAGAACUACCGCGAAGAGGCGGCCGCAACGAGCGAGGCGCUGGCCGUCGCCUCACCACGCUACAUCGAGGUACGGAAAGGACGGAUCGUACUAGAAUCUCAGCAACAGCUGCAGCAGCAGCAGCCAGCUGCCAGAUGCCGGCCGCCAACCUCGCUAGACUGCGCCAAGACUGAUCACCUUCAUGAGCGGGAUUCGGUUCUGCGGAUCAAUCGGGCACGGGCUGCCGGAAGUCCCGACUUGCCGCUGUCGGAUACGGAUACGCUCGACCAGGCAGCGACCCUCCGGUAUCCACCGCCACUGCCGCCGGCCGGCAUCAUCGUCCCACAAACCGCCGUCCUGUUGGAUCGGUAUCCACCGCUUCCGAGGUCACCGUGUUCCAGCGGCAGCAGCAGCAGUGCCGCAUCACCGCACACCUCACCACUGCGCGAGUGUGGGAAACUUGUUAGGAACACUUCCGGUUUGCUGGACUCCUCCAAGAGCACGGAAAUGCUGGAAGCUCGCAUUGCGGAACUAGAAGAGGCCUUAUUAAAGCUACAAGAACGAGUAAACCAAAGCCAAUGCAGUUCACCAACACUAGAGAAAGAAAUUAAGGAGCAUUUGGAAGUCAUGAGCAAGGCGAUGAAGACAAAGGACCGAAAAUCGAUGCAAGUUUGUCGGGAGCACAAAACACUGCAGGUGCGCUUCCAGAAGCAGGAAAACAGUCUGCUGGCGCUGCAGAACGAGAACAAAUCGCUACACCAAAGAGUACGGCAGUACGAGACGUGCCUGGAUGACAUUAUGCGCAAGGUCGUCGAUGCACUGGUGGCCGAGGACAGCCUGCGGGAUGAGGUGGCGAUCCUGAAGGGGCGCGUGCGGGACCUCGAGGCACAGAAUGCGGCCCUCGUGACUGCGAGCCCGGCGAAAAGUCGCGACGAAGGUUACUGCACCAUGAGCUCAGGUCAGCCCCAACCGACACCGGAAGGGCACCUGGAGGAACUGCCCGAGGAGCCGGAGCAGUGGUUAGUGUCGGCCGAACCGUGCACUGCCGACAUGGAGGACUGGAGCAUGUCGCAGGAAGAGCUUGCUACGGCGCUGGACGAGGAGAACCACGAAUGGAUCUGGAAUUCUAGCUUUCUCACGACGGCCGAAACACAGACUGAGGAUAUUACUACCGCCCUGCUGCACGAACAGAUUGUUUACUCGGAGGACGAGGAGGUGGCAUGCACGAACUUUACUCGAGACUUUUACCGGCUAGUCAGCUUCACCUCGGGAAGUACGCGCAGUCUGCACUCACCGCUCGGAAACGCCGUCACCGUCGGUCCCGGUCGGCAGGAGGAGGAUUUGCGAACGACCGAUGAGACCGAGAAGGACAGUAGCAGCAGCACCGUCGACGCAACAGAUGGUGACAGCAGCGACGACAACGAAAGACUGUCUCAAAGCCCUACUCCGAGCGAAGGCGGUCGGGCACAAGUGCUCAGUUGUUCCUCCAGUGAUUCGAGUGAUGCACUGACCGAAAAGUUGCAGCUUCCGCCGUUGCCGCAGUGCAAGAGCGAAUGCGGUGAUGACAUUGGCGGCACUGCGGAUGAUUCCCCGAUCUGCUGCCAGUCCCCAACGGAACCCCAGAGCCGUUCGCUUCCCCCGACGCCAGUGCGUCGUUUUGGGAUGAAAAAGUUUGGCAGCGAUUCAAGCAGCAUGACCGGCGGCAGCGUUACAGCAACUGGCGGCGGGGCCAGUGGUUUAUCGAUCAAUACGGCUGAUCUGCUGCAGGAUGUGCUGAUUACGUGUCACAAUCAGCUGAACAAGAAUGGUGUGCAGCAUGUAAGCUCCGCUAUCGCCGGUGGUCGCUCGCAGAACACACCGACACCGCCGACCUGGCGGAAAAGCAUGGGUUGGCGGCGUGUGCAGAGAGGAAGCGGUGCCCACGAAACGCACAUCCCGGUGCCGAUUGCAGCGAAAGAUCGACUGAAGUCACCUCCUCCGGUGCCGAUUCGGAGGACGUCCGCCAGGUAGCCGAGUGCCUGCUUCGGUCGUUAAACCUCGUUGGUGAACCAAUGGAGCACCGGUGCUCGAGGGCGCACGCCCCAGUGCCGCCCAUAACACUUAUGUCGAACUAUUCAGGUAGAACAAGCAAACGUUUACACGCGUACGUACAAUGGUGUUGUUGUACAUCGCUGGUUGUUUCGUAAAUCGAACGGAAAUCAAAAUGUUGACUCCUAAUUCACGCGCAGACACACUUGCGCGCAUACACUAAACUAUAAUAACACUACAAUGAUAGCAUCCUAAUAGAUAACCAUGAAACGGAAACUAACCAACUGAAACCGGACUCCUAACAAGUGAACAGUUCAGCAGCACAUUCAGCAGCAAGGAAAACAUUAAACUACACAGAACUACACUCACAGACACACACUAGGAGGGAAAGAUUAGCUUGUAAGAUAACAACUUUUGUGAUAGUACGUUUAAAGCAUAACUUGAUACAAAGAAAAAGGCAAAAGCGCGUGGAGCACACACGCGACGACUGCGGCAGGAUACGCAGACUGUACUGAAAAAAGAAACGCGCUCCACUCUACGAGAGGUGUGCCGCGAACCUGCGGCCACGGCCUCUGCGCGCGAACUAAGUGUGACACUGCCAGCAUACAUUUCUCACCUCAUACACAAAACGGCGUAUACACUUUACUAAUAUUCUAUAUUGUAAUAUGGCGAGGCGUCGUCGGAACUGUUGGACAAUAAGAAAGUUUUCAUCAUUUCUCACUGGAUCGGAUGGAGGGAGUAUAGAGGGCAGAGUUUGUCUGUGUGUGUGUGGGGGGCGGUGGAGUUGGCGUGGAUUAAGGUUGUGACCACAGCAGCGCAACAAGUCCCACAAUAGCCAGAAGAGGAGGUCUUAGGAUGAGGUUGUGAGGUUUUUUUAAGAUCAUUUACACACACUGUGUCGUCGCGAAGGUGAUCGGUACUGAAGGUUCUAGUAUAUUACUAAAUAACGAUAUACAAGACAAUGGAUGGAGACAGACGUUGACUACAUCCGGUGGAGCGCUAAAUGAUACGUUUGCCGUUUGUUUGCUUUCGCUCGACACGUGAACUAGUAUAACUAGUACGCUUCCGUAACCCUGCAACGCUUGCGAGAUCGGUGUUCGUAGUGUUUGCAUUUCCGCGCUUUUCUCUGCGACCCAAAGACACAACACUUUAGAACACUUUCUGUCUGCUAGAGCUUUGAGAGCUUCCUGGUCGUAUCACUUGCGAUUGUAUCGUGUUGCAAUCAAUUUGGAUCGUUUACUAACAAAUCUUCUACUCGCUGCUUUUUUUCUCAUGCAUCAGAAUGCGCUGCUUCUAA